AUGGAGAAUAGGAAUUACGUGACAGAGUUUGUUCUACUGGGGCUUACAGAGAAUCCAAAGUUGCAGAAAAUCACAUUUGUUGUGUUUUUUGUCAUCUACAUCAUCACUGUGGUGGGAAAUGUGCUCAUUGUGGUCACCAUCACUGCCAGCCCAUCAUUGGGGUCCCCCAUGUACUUUUUCCUGGCCUAUCUCUCCUUUAUUGAUGCCUGCUAUUCCUCUGUAAAUACCCCUAAGCUAAUCACAGAUUCAUUCUAUGAAAAGAAGACCAUCCUAUUCAACAGAUGCAUGACUCAAGUCUUUGGAGAACAUUUCUUCGGAGGUGCGGAGGGCAUCCUACUUACUGUGAUGGCCUAUGACCGCUAUGUGGCCAUCUGCAAGCCCCUGCGCUAUAUGACUAUCAUGAACCGGCGUGUGUGUAGCCUGCUAAUGGGAGUGGUGUGGAUGGGAGGUUUUCUUCAUGCAACCAUACAGAUCCUCUUCAUCUUCCAAUUACCUUUCUGUGGUCCUAAUGUCAUAGAUCACUUUAUGUGUGAUCUGAACCCUUUGCUCAAUCUUGCCUGCACUAACACCCACACUCUAGGACUCUUCGUUGCUGCCAACAGUGGAUUCAUCUGCUUGUUAAACUUUGUCCUCCUGCUGAUCUCCUAUGUGGUUAUCUUGCGCUCCCUAAGGACCCACCGCUUGGAGGCAAGGCACAAAGCCCUCUCCACUUGUGUCUCCCACAUCACAGUUGCUGUCUUAUUCUUUGUGCCCUGCAUAUUUGUGUACAUGAGACCUGCAGCUACUUUAUCUGUUGAUAAAGCAGUUGCUGUAUUCUACACUAUGGUAACUCCUAUGUUAAACCCCUUAAUCUAUACCUUGAGGAAUGCUCAGAUGAAAAAUGCCAUUCAGAAACUGUGUAGUAGAAAGGGCAUUUCAGGUGACAAAUAAAUGUAACUAGGGCCCAACAUUGAUUCCAUUUAGGAAAGGUCAAAAGGACAUUUUAGAUAACCGCAGUGGGGCAAAUUGAUUGGAUAAAGAAAACAAUGCCCGUAUGAUUCAUAGAUUCUGCAUGGAAGGGUAUAGAAACAGCUCAAGGAAAGAGAGAAAACGACCUAGGACAACUCUGCCUAUUUGGGAAAUUCUACCAAGUUGGAGCUUGGUUUUACUAGCUUCAUCCUCUACACAGAUUCACAGGUUUUCCACUCACAAACAAAAGAAAUAACAGAAUAUAUUGGUACCUAGAAGUA